AUGCUAAGACAACUACAUAAAACUUUUCAACACAAAGCUCGUUUAACUCGUUUACAUGCUUAUUAUUGUAAUGAUAAAUGCUCUUACGAUCGAACAAUAAAAUAUAUUGAGAAAUAUAUUGAGUUACUAUCGACGAAGGAUACCGCAACAACAGCAGCAACAGUUGCAGAUUUACAUAAAAAAAUUGGUUUAAUUUAUUUUAAUGAAACAGAAAAUUAUCAUUUAGCAUUAAAACAUUUUCAUAAAUCAUUAGAAUUACAUCAAUUAAAUGAUAUAACUUAUAAUGGAGAAAAAUCGGCAAGUCUAAAUCAGUUAAUUGGUGCAUGUUAUGGUCGUUUAUGUGACUAUAAAACAUCAUUGAUGUAUUAUAACCAAGCACUUCUUUUAUAUGAACAAUAUUCACCUACAAUAUUUGAUCGUCAUUCAAUGUUCAAAUGCUUAGCUAUCUUGUAUCAUGAGAAUGAACAAUUUGAAACAUCAAUUGAAUAUCAUCUAAAAUAUUUUCAAUUAUUUGACGGUCAACAAUCACUACCACAAGAUUUUAUCCAUCAUUAUCGAUCAAUCGGUGAUUGUUAUGCUAAUAUAACAGAUUAUACAAAAGCUCUAGAAUAUUAUAGAAAAGUUUUAGACAUGAAACAAAAUGAUACUGAAACACUGCAUAACAUCGGUUUAACAUAUUGUAAGCAAUUGGAAUAUCAACUAGCCAUAAACUAUUUCCAAAUGGCACUAGAAACAACCCAAGAUUCACCCAGUAUAGCUGUUAUGUACGGCAAUUUAGGUGCCUGUUAUGAAGAAAUAAAACUAUUUGAUUUAGCGAUUGAUUAUCUCAUGAAAUCAAUUCAUUUCAAUCAAAAAGAAAAGAAUAAAGAAAAAAAGAUUGGAAUUCUCUACAAGUCUAUUGGUCACUGUUACGAUGGAAAGAAUAUGUAUCAGGAAGCUAUUGCCACUUAUUUGAAAUGUUUAGAAUAUCCAUAUGAAAAAACAUCAUUGAUAUUUGAUCAAAUUGCAUGUUCAUAUUGGAACAACAACGAUUAUGAUCAGGCUUGUGCAUACUGGUUAAAAACAUUAAAAAUUACAGAAGAAGAAGAAGAAGAGGAACAACAACAAAAUAAAGCAUCUGAACUUUGUCGUAUAAAUAAAAAACUUGCUGAAUGUUAUGAGAAAAACAACGACUAUGAAACAUCAAUCGCCUUUUUUACAAAAUGUUUGGAUCUUUUUAAUGACCAACCAUCAAAAAUGUUGAAUACUCACGGUUCUAUUGGCUCUCUUUACUGUAAAUUAAAAAGGUACGAACUAGCUCGUCAAGAAUAUGAAAAAAAGUUAAAAUUUAUUAACAAUGAUGAUCAAAAUGGCAUUGGUUUAUGUUAUGUACAAAUUGGUUGGUGUUAUAUGCGAGAAAAAUCGACUGAUCAAGCUCUUGAAUAUUACUUAAAAGGUUUAAAGUUAUGUACAGAUAACUCGAUAUUACUUGAUGCUUAUUUAGGUUUAUGUGACUGUUAUUUUACUAAAACAGAUUUUGAUCAAGCUUUAGUUUACUAUAAUAAAGCAAUAGAAUAUACUGAUGAUAAAGAAGCACUACAAAAGAUUAAUUUAUUUUUGGAUAAAAGUAUAUGCUAUCAAUAUAAAUUAGACUAUGAACAAGCAUUAGAAGAAUGCAAAACCUGUUUGAAAUUAAUUAUAUUAAACCAGGAUAAUAAACAACAGCAGUCAGUUGACAAAUUGAAAAUGAUUAGCUUAAAAUAUUACAAAAAAUGUUUAGAAUUAUGUUCAAGUGCAAUAACUACAACAGAACAACAAAAAAUAUUAAACAAUAAACCACUCUAUGCUAUAAUGUGUUUGUAUUAUAUUGUAGGUGAUAAUAAAAUAGCACUCGACUAUGCAUUUAAAUAUUUAAGAAUAUUAGAAGCAAUUGAACUACGUGAAACUCAAGAACAAAUUGAACUAGCUAAGUGUUAUAAUUCCAUCGGUCACAUCUACUAUUGGAAUAAUGAAUAUAAAUUAGCUUUAGAUUAUUGUCAAGAAGCAAUUGACUUAUAUCAACUAUUGACUCUUGAAAUUGUAGAUCAACAACAAGCUUAUGCCAAUGCUUGGAGCUCUUUAGCUGUUAUAUAUUAUCAGUUAGAUCAAAUUUCAGAAUGUGUAGAUUGUUGUCAAAAGUCAAUGGAAAUAUUUUAUAAAACAUCAACAACUGCCCAUUUUACAGUAGGUUUUAAUUAUGAACUGUAUGCUAAUCUACAUCUUAAAAAUGGACAACAUUGGGUGGCUGAAGAAUUUUACAAAAAAGCAUUGGAUAUAAUUAAGACUCAUGCACCAUAUGAACUACAAGUGAUUAGCAGAAUUGAAAAUAAGUUAAUUAAUAUGUUUGUUGAACAAUCUUAG